AUGCCCCCAAAGCGCCCCCGAAUCCGAAUCCACUCGAAGGAGGGGAGGCUUGACCUCGCUGUUAAUGCUGUUCGGGAUAACGAAGUCGCCUCCAUACGCGAAGCUGCCCGUAUUCACGAGGUCUCGGAGUCUACGCUUCGCAAUAGACUUCGCGGAGUCAAACCUCGCAGCGAAACACGCCCCAAUUGCUGUAAAUUAACUCUUGACGAAGAGGAGUGGUUGAGGAAAUGGGUCCUUGGCUCACAUCUUUGCGGCCUUUUCCCUCGACAGUCACAAAUUCGUGAUAUGGCAAAUGUAUUGCUCACAGUUCGUGGCUCUUCCACAACUACCACAGUCGGGAUAAAUUGGGUCUCCAACUUCAUGAAACGACACAGCGAGCUCCGGGAAUCUGCGUCACGACGGCAUGAUUAUCCCAAGCCUCAGAAGGGGAGCCGCAUGUUUAUUGGAGAUCACAUCGAAUCCGUUUCUCGCGAAAUGUUGGCUCAAGUUCGAUCAGGAGCGGAAACUGGAGAGGAGCUACUUGAAGUAGUCGACAUUAUUGCCAAAGCCCACGAGCUUCAAAUGCUUCAGCUCAGGGUAAUACGUGACGAACUCUUGAAGUGCACCACUGGUCGACAGGGAAAGAACGCACGAGAUCAAAGGCUAUAG